GUAAAGCGAAGGGGAAGGCUAAAAAUCACUCGUCACCCACCCAUACGAAGAAAAACAAAAAAAGGGGACGCACAGUGUUCUUGAAUCAUCGCUGCUGCCAAGUUAUGGAGUUCUUGGGUCCUCUCGAUUCCGAUUCCGACUACGCUUUCCGUUUGCAGAUGGAGGAGGCGCUCGCAGCUUCUCUCGCUACCCGAUCUCGUGCUCCACAGCACCCACCGUCGCCUCCCGUCGUCGCUAGGUGCGGAUUCGCUGUCGUGGAGGAGAACGCUUCCACGCCGAGGGGUAACUCCGAGACCGUGCGUCGCGGAAACACCGGCGGCGGCGAAGGUAGCUCGAGGGGAAAAGGGAAAACCCACGAGACAGUCGCUAGCGAACGGAGAGACGAUCGAAACCCUAACAGCAUUAAAGUAGGUAACUUCCAGAAUGCUUCUGGGAGACCUUCUCCGGGAGUUACUGUUGGCCCGGCGCAAUCAGUCGCCGUCGGCGAGGGGAGCUCGAAGGUUAGUGGCGUAAAGGGGAGUUUCAGGGGAGACUUAAUGUAUAGACUUUACUUCAAGGGUUUGGUGAGCGAAGAGACUGGGACUGGGAAGGGGAAGGGGAAGGGGAAGGGGAAGGUGAGUGACGUGGCGGCUGGGUUUGGGGUUGCGAUCUGCGACCAGAGGGAUACUCUGUUGUUUGAGUCCAAGGGACAGCUUGUUGGCCGUGGCGCGAAUCGCCAGGGAGCGGAGAUUCAGGCGUUGACACGAGGUUUGACCGAAGCAUGGAAGCUGGGGAUCAAACACGUUUCUAUCUUCUGCGAUUCUUUUCCCAUUUUUCAAUUCGUCAGGGGAAGCUGGACGCCUAAGCAAAAGAAGAUUGCCAUGCUAAUGGAUGACUUGCAACGGAUCAGGCAACAAUUCUCGUUUACUCAAGCUGUUCUGGUGGCUGGAAACCAAGUCAAAUAUGCCUAUAAACUCGCUAGGGAAUCAAUUGUUUCGCAAGCAACCCCUCAUGAAAACCCCCGCCAAGCUAAAUUAGCUGCUAGGAAAGAAGAGUGUCUUAUCUGUUUCAACGAUAUCGAUCCUGAGCGCAUGUUUUCUAUCGGUAAAUGCACUCACCGCUUUUGCUUUCAGUGUGUGAAGCAACAUGUAGAGGUGAAGCUGCUUCACGGAAUGAUUCCGAAUUGUCCUCAUGAUAAAUGCAAUUCUGAGAUGGUUAUCGAUGCGUGUGGCAAGCUUUUGACUCCGAAAUUGGGUGAAAUGUGGAAGCAAAGAAUCAAAGAGAACGCAAUACCUGUCACUGAGAGAGUUUACUGUCCUUACCUGAGGUGUUCGGCUUUGAUGUCCAAAACCAAGAUAUCUGAAUCGGCCAAGAGCUUACAGUCUGCUUACCCUGCAUCCGGAGUCAGGAGAUGUGUCGAAUGUCGUGGCCUCUUCUGUGUGGACUGUAAAGUCCCGUGGCAUGGAAAGCUGUCAUGCACCGAGUACAAGAAACUGCAUCCUAAUCCUCCAGCUGAUGAUGUGAAGCUAAAAUCUCUGGCGAAUAAUAAAAUGUGGCGCCAAUGUGGUAAGUGCCAACACAUGAUUGAACUUAGUCAAGGAUGCAAUCACAUAACUUGCAGAUGUGGGCAUGAGUUUUGCUACAACUGUGGAGGAGGAUGGAACAAAAAAACAGGCACUUGUGCUAAGCAAUGCCCGACAUGGGACGAAGCAUACAUCAUGCGUCAAGAUCCAGCUCCAGCGCGUGUGUAUGUGUUGCCUAACAAUUACUUUGAUGAUUAUGAUGAGGAUGAAUAUGAGGAUUAUGAAGCUGAUGAAGAUUUUGAAUAUGAGGAUUAUGACGCUGAUGAAGAUUUUGAAGUGGAAGUGGAAGUGGAAGAGGAAGAGGAAGAGGAAGAAGACGAAGACGAAGAGGAAGAGGAAGAGGAAGAGGAAGAGGAAGUGGAAGUGGAAGUGGAAGAGGAAGUGGAAGAAGAAGAAGACGAAGACGAAGACGAAGACGAAGAAGAAGAAGAAGAAGAAGAAGAAGAAGAAGAAGAAGAGGAAGAAGAAGAAGAAGAAGAAGAUAUAGUAUAUGACUCGGACGGCUAUGAAAGCGAGGAUUACUAUUGAGGUGUAACUAUCGAGGUGUAAUUUGGAACCAAAGUUGUUAUCUUUCGCUUUAUGAUCUUUCGGCUGUAAAUUUAUUGGUGGAUCAUAUGUUUUUAUGACUUGUUGCGUUUGAGUUUGGGAGAUUCAGCAGUGAGAAAUUUGUAGAAACCUUGGGUUUGAAGGUAAAGCUUUGUUUUGCA